AUGUUGCGCCGGGUUCAAAUUCUGACCGAGUCUAUUUUGUUUCAUACUAUCUAUCUAUCUAUCUAUCUAUCUAUCUAUCGAUCGAUCGAUCGCAUUCUGUAUGUCUAUCUAAAUCAUUCUGUUCAUGAUCUAUCUAAAUCAUUUUUUAAGGAUCCAUCUACUCUCAUCUAUCUAUCUAUCUAUCUAUCUAUCUAUCUAUCUAUCUAUCUAUCUAUCUAUCGCAUUCUGUAUGUCUAUCUAAAUCAUUCUGUUCACGAUCUAUCGAAAUCAUUUUGUUCACAACAUCUAUCUAUCUAUCUAUCUAUCUAUCUAUCUAUCUAUCUAUCUAUCGCAUUCUGUAUGUCUAUCUAUCUAAAUCAUUCUGUUCACGAUCUAUCUAAAUCAUUUUGUUCACCACAUCUAUCUAUCUAUCUAUCUAUCUAUCUAUCUAUCUAUCUAUCUAUCUAUCUAUUUAUCGCAUUCUGUAUGUCUAUCUAUCUAAAUCAUUCUGUUCACGAUCUAUCUAAAUCAUUUUGUUCACCACAUCUAUCUAAAUCUAUAUCUAUCUAUCGCAUUCUGUAUGUCUAUCUAAAUCAUUUUGUUCACGAUCUAUCGAAAUCAUUUUGUUCACAACAUCUAUCUAUCUAUCUAUCUAUCUAUCUAUCUAUCUAUCUAUCUAUCUAUCUAUCGCAUUCUCUAUGUCUAUCUAUCUAA